CCCACUUUCCCUUGGACAAAAGCAAGCCUUGUAUGUGUUUCUUUCACUCCUCUCUCUCUCUUUCUUUUAAUCGCAAUAUUCAGUCACAGAACCACUUCUACGGAAAAAUUAUCCAUCUCUACCAAUAAUAACACUUCGUUCUUUAGAUAAAUCAUCUGUUGGAGAUAAUUGUGUCCACCGAGAUGAAAGAUAUUCAAUUUUUCAAUCAACUCAGUGAUAGAGGCUGUCAAUGGCAAGAAUGUACACUUUUGAUGCCUGCUGUAUCAGUUGGUAAUGUUGGACAAUUAGCUGUUGACCUUUUAGUUACAACAUUGAUUUGGGAAAGAAAAGUGAAAUUAGUUGGGCGCAUAUUUUCAACAGCACUGAAAAGCGUUUCUGGUCCUAAUGCUUAUCAAUUUGAUGACGAUAGUCCUAUCAUGACUACUUGUGAAGUUUAUGAGUCUGUAGAUCACAAAUUGGUAAUCCUCCAAUUAAGAGCCCCGCCAUAUAAAGAACGAAGUAAACAAUUCGUCGAAGAGUUAUCUAAAUGGAUUGGGGAAGAAAAAUUUAAAUUGGCCAUUUGUUUAUCAUCAAGCUUCUCUCAGUAUCUUUCACCUCAAAUUUUCGACAAAGAAUCUAAGCCUAUUCGAUAUAUUUCCACUAAUAUACUUAAAGAAAAUAGUCCUUCUAUUUUAUCUGACCAGUUGAAGGUUACAGAAUUAAAAGAAGAAUCUGAAAAUGAUGAAGAGCUGAGCAUUUCUGCUAUAGUCGGCGGUGGCCUUACUAAAACAUUAUAUCAAUACUGGCAAAAAGAGAAUGUACCAGGACUUUUAUUGGUAAUUUUUUGCUCUGAAGGUGAUAAUACUCCUGAAGCUAUGGAGAUAUUAGAAACCGCGAAUAAGAUUAUCAAAGUUAAAGAGCCAAUCACCAGCUCAAAGCCUCAAAAUCGUUGGAAAACACCAAUUUCUUGGAUGCAAAUAUUUGGCGGAGCCAUUCCUAAUAACCUUUUUUAAGCAACAUCCAAUAUUUCAAUUGUUUAACCCAGAGAGCCAGGUCACUUAAAACUGAAGCGUAGAUGUUCUAAUCAUAGUACUCUUAAGUACUAAAAUGAUAUUCUUCAGGCAGAAAUGUAGACUUUUUCGAUACCGUUCCGUUUAUUAUUAAAAAAAGUUCCAUAAUCCUUUUU